GGGCCCACAUCUUUCCAGUGUUCCAUCAUCAUGGCAUCUACAGCAAGAUCUCUGGCUACGUGCAUAUUCUGCAAGAUUAUUAAGGGUGAAAUACCAAGUUACAAACUAAUUGAAACUGAGUUAUCGUUCUCUUUCCUUGACAUUGGUCCUCUAUCCAGGGGUCAUGCCCUGAUCAUUCCGAAAGAUCAUGCUGUCAAGAUGCACGAGCUUCCAGAUGAGUAUCUGGCAGACGCUAUGCCCAUUGCAAAGAAGAUUGCUCAGGCGCAAGGUCUAGAGAACUAUAACAUUCUCCAGAAUAAUGGAAGAAUUGCACACCAGGAAGUUGACCACGUACACUUCCACGUCAUCCCAAAACCAACUGCCGGUGAUGAUGAAGGACUUGUCAUCGGCUGGCCGACAAAGCAGUUACCCAAGGAUGAGAUGGUCAAGAUUUAUGAAGAGAUCAAGGGAAAGUUGUGAUUGCAGGUGGUAACAUAAGCUAAGCUGAAGUGUAUGAAUAAAACGGCAAGAACUGGCUGAAAAUGAGGUGUUCCCAUAUUCUAGAGAUGAGAUGGAGUGAUUUUGAUAUCUCUGAAGGCCUGAUGUGUGGCUGCACUGGCUGUGUAACGCACCCGGGAAUGUGCCAGGUACACUUGACCCCCUGUUUUCAUUUCGGGCUACGGCACAUGGUUGUACCCAGUGGUCCGGCAAUAUCAG